AAAUAAAAUACAAAAUAUAUACAACGCCUUUAUCUUGUAGCAUAUUUUUACAAGUGUAAAGCAAAAGACUGCAAACUACACCAGAGCAACAACAGUGCAUAGUAAAAUUAACGAAACGCGUGCAAAGCACACUACACAACUCGAAGUAACGGUUCCAAGCCGGAUAACAGAGUGUGAGAAAAAAAUGUGCUUUGCAUGCAUGCAGUAGGACGACAAAAACUGAAUGCAAGUGCAAAAUUAAAAUGAAAUUCAACAAAUUUAUGCGAGUGACGCGUGCAACAAACUAAACGUACAUAGCCUGCAACUACUAUAAUUUCGGGGUACAUCGCAUGAGCUUCAUUAUUGACGGAGAAUAAUGAAUCGAUGAAUAUUUGCGUCAGCUGAUACGGCCGCCGCAUCUGCCUGCUGUCUGCGUAGUGAAGUGCCGACUGGUGCCAAAUCCUGAUUACCAACAACUACAACAAGAACAAUAACAACAACAGCAACAACUAGAAAAGCUAAGCAAACCAUUUUUACCAGCAAACAUGUUUGCCUGAGGCAGAGUAGACAACAUUUUUGGGCAGCCGCAUCAUCAGAUCGAACCCAGCUCAAAUAAAGGACUCGCUGCGCAGCACAAACCAUUGAGCGUAUGCCCAGAGAGCAUUCACGGUGAGCAAGAGAAAGAAAGAGAGAGAGCGACCUAGCUGAGAGGAACUGAGGCAAGUUGCUUGAAGCGGUUUACUGUAUUGUUGCGUUGGUCAGCAUAGCAAGAGGACGCGCGGCGAGGAGGGAGCAUACGGAAGUGGCGACAUCUGUUUUGCCGCUUUGUCAGCUUAUCCGGCAGCCGAUGCUGUAGCCGACGACAGGCGAACACAAGGACGACGAGAAGGAGCGAGCGCACGACAGGACUAACGGCAACGUGAAAUACAAGUGUGGAAAUUGGAAUUUUUAUUCAAAACAAUGCCCCUGCUGCAACAGUACGAGACGCCUGAUUGCACCGCUGCCGGCGGCAAUAUGCGUGCCUUGAGCGGCGCCAGUGCCAAUGAUUUACUGCAGAAGCAUUCGAUUAGCUCAAUACUGGAACAGCAUCAGCAUCAACAUCAGCAUCAACAUCAACAGCAGCAGCAGCAGGAUCUGCUGAGCAGACGUGCCGAUGCCAGCGAUGGACUUAUAUCAUUCAUAAAUGAUCCAAUCACACUGAACGAUCUGCUUGGUUUGUGUGGCGGCAGCGGCCCUGCAAUCGCAGCCCAGGCAACAACAGCACCAGCCCCAACAAAAGUAGCAACAACGGCAGCAGGCAUUGCAAGCGGCGCCGGAGGUAACGGCAGCAGCAGCAGCAGCGGCGUUAAUAACUUGCUACUUGGCAAUUCGGCGACUGCUGCAGCUGCCGCUGUCGCUGCCACUGGCGAUUGCGGUCAAUUGUCGGCGACUGCAGUGUCCUAUGCACCACUGACACCGAGCUCAACUCAGUCCUCGGCCUCGCCAGGCACCAAGUCAAGUUUUGAUUACUUUCAGUUUGAAAAUGUUGCACAAAGUAACCCACUUAAGGCUUUCCAAAGAUCAAACAUCAGCUUCGAUUGCUCUGCACCCUUAUCGCCAAGUACGCCUUCAUCUAUUUACAAUCGCUCCUUUCACAGUUCACCUUUAGUCAGCGACAGCAGCAAUUCCUCCAGCGCCAAUGGUUUAUCGUUAGAUUCGAUUAAUAUGCUUUAUCAGCAGCAGAGCUACAGCAACUUGAGCGGCACCAACAGCGGUAAUCUCGGACUCAAUUUACAAAAUGCAUCCACGCGCUCGAAUUCACCGGAGAGUCAGAACAGCAAUCAAUCCUUCAACGAGCCAAAUCUCUUGGACAUGAUUAAUCUACUCUCAGUGAACAGCAAUAAGCUGCAGCAUCAGCAACAGCAACAGCAGCAGCAGCAGCAGUUACAACAACAACAGCAACAACAGCAACAACAACAACAACAGGCUCAACAUCAUCAUCAGCAGCAGCAACAACAGCAGCAGCAGCAGCAGCAGCAAUUUGCCAACAUUAAUCGAAACUAUGAGUCACAGCUGUUAAGUGGAUCGCAACAAAAUUUUGAUUUGAGCAACAACGAUUGCCUGAAUCAAUGUAGUCUAGAAAACUUUUCCCUUGUGGACAUGGAGCUUGCCAAGCUGCAGAAUCUCCAGCGCAUCAAUACGCUCAAAUUGCUGCAAGCACAAACGCAGCAAAUGCCGUUGCUUAACCAACUGCUACAAAGCUAUGCAAGCAAUUUGCCUACUGCCGGCAGCUCAAACAGUCUUAAUAACACUUCCAGUGCUAGUUUGAGCAAUCUAGUGGGCGGUACUGGCAGCACUGUGGGUGUAGCACCAAGUUCUAUUGGCAGUAAUAGUGAUUGGCAUCUGGAUCGUGUAGCCAAGUUUUAUAAGAACUCGGCCGCAAUAUGUGAAGCAACAUGUACUUGGAGUGGCCAACUGCCGCCACGUUCGCAUCGCAUGUUGAACUAUUCGCCUAAAGUGUUUUUGGGCGGUAUACCGUGGGAUAUCAGUGAGCAAUCAUUAAUACAGAUCUUUAAACCCUUUGGUUCUAUUAAAGUGGAAUGGCCCGGCAAGGAGCAGCAGGCUGCACAACCCAAAGGAUAUGUGUACAUAAUUUUCGAAUCUGAUAAACAGGUGAAAGCCUUGCUUUCAGCUUGUGUAUUGCAAGUUGAUGAUUCGCAUAGUGGCAGCAAUUAUUUCUUUAAGAUUUCCUCCAGGCGCAUCAAAUCCAAAGAUGUGGAGGUAAUACCCUGGAUUAUAGCCGAUUCCAACUAUGUACGCUCCAGUUCCCAAAAACUAGAUCCCACUAAAACGGUUUUCGUGGGUGCCUUGCAUGGCAAACUAACUGCCGAGGGCUUGGCAACAAUAAUGGAGGAUCUAUUUGAUGGUGUGCUUUAUGCUGGCAUUGAUACGGACAAAUAUAAAUACCCAAUUGGCUCCGGGCGAGUUACUUUCAGCAACUUUCGCUCGUAUAUGAAGGCUGUGUCGGCUGCCUUCAUUGAAAUACGCACCACCAAAUUUACAAAGAAAGUUCAGGUGGAUCCAUAUCUGGAAGAUGCUUUAUGUUCAAUUUGUGGCGUCCAGCACGGGCCUUACUAUUGUCGUGAAUUGUCUUGUUUUCGUUACUUUUGCCGCAGCUGUUGGCAAUGGCAACACAGCUGUGAAAUUAUUAAAAAUCACAAGCCAUUGACACGUAACUCAAAGUCGCAAACUCUGGUGGGCAUUGGGCCUUCGACGUCUUCCUCCACGAUUUCGCUGGCGUCCUCGGGUAACCGAAUGAAUAUGGAUCAGAAACUGCAGCAACAUGGUCAUCACAAUAACCAACAGCAGCAGCAACCGCAACAGCAACAACAGCAGCAGCAACAACAGCAGCAGCAGCAGCAACAGCAGCAACAAAAACGUAUUCAGCUCCAGCAACAUGCCAAUCAGCAGGCAAACAACUUAAACCUUUUGUCAAAUGCAGGUGCCAACAACGCUGCAGCCAACUCAUUGUACAAAUAUCAGCAACAUCAGCCGACGAUAUAAGCGUGUAUCUACUCCAAACUUUGUGCGCACUUUUAGCGUGCCGUUUUAACAUAGUUCCAUAUUUAUGUUCAUCAUGGGAUGUAAUUUUGAAUUUUAAGUGAUACCAAAAUUUUUGCACUUUUAGGCAACAGGAAGCUUAACCUUUCCGAAUGGACAGAUUUGGACAAAAAUUAUUUGUGUUGCACACCCAAUCACAAUGAACCUUGUAAAGUUAUUCAUUUAUUUGAUGUAUUUACUUAAACGGUACGAUAUUUAGUAUAUGUACAUA